GUACAGUUCUGCGAGGAACUGGUAGCUAAUUUCAACUUCCAUAACUACGACAAUCUUAAACAUACGAGUAAGAAGUAUGAUCCUCGGGGCCAUGCCAUAGAGUCAAAGGCACAGGAUGUUGUCAAUUUACUCUUUAGUGCGUACAAUGGUGACGUCACUGCCAUGAGAAGAUAUGCUUUACUUGGCAUGGACAUGUCAUUAGCCGAUUAUGAUGGAAGGACAGCACUGCAUCUUGCCGCCGCUGAGGGCCACGAGUCCAUUGUAAGAUUUUUACUCGAGAAAUGUGAUGUUAACAGCCAUCUGAAAGACAGAUGGAACUUCACAGCUUACGAUGACGCAAAAAGAUUCAAACAUGAUGAUGUGGCAAAGAUUCUUUUAGAAUAUAUGAAGAACCAUCCACCAAAAGACGGAGAAUUUAAAAUAGAAGAUAUCAACGAAAAGUUGAAAAAUCUUCACUGUAUUGAUUGAUGAAAUAAGAAACACUUUUGACGCAAAAGAUGCCUAAAUAUAACCCAUUUCUUUUUGUCGUGAGAGGGGCUGACUUGGGCAAAUAAGCCAAUACUUUUUCUUUGUUUGUGCGGAUGUCCAAAGUUUUCUUUGUAUGAGUCAAGCAACCUGUUUUCAAGAUUAUGUACAUGUAACGUUCGUAUUUUGUGCCCAUCAUUUUCUUGAACAAAACAUUGUGAUAAAAUGUGUAAAUACAUGUAUACGAAUCAUCCGUUUAAAAACUGUUACAUGGGACACUAUUGUCAUAAAGAUCGUUUGCAGACGACCGACUUAAUUGUACAGAAUGAUUC